AUGUCCAACAAUGACAUUUUGAGUUAUCUCCCACCUGGCUGGACAGACGAAACAUAUCAGAACAACAGAGAUGCCGACACUGCCGCCCUAUCAGACGAGGAACUCCAAAAACUAAUGGAUCGCCGCGCUGCAGAGACAAAAAUAAUCAGCGCGCAAAACCUCGCCCGAAUCAACGAAAAGCGCAUCGCGCGCGGGGCAGCACCCAUCCAACCACCAUCCCCAACCCCAGAGCCAGAGCCAGAACAGGACACAGAACCCACAACUCAACAUGCAACCCAAGACCUUACCCUGGAGAACCUCCAAACCCUAGUAGAAACAAUCGAAGCCGAAAACUGGACAGACGUCGGCUUCAUAAUGUUCCGCACCGACUACAGCAACGAAGACCUGUGGAACGAAUUCCUAGAAAAGUUCAACGAAGUCCUAGACGCCGGGAUCGAAGAUGCACCAGCUGAAUCUGGGUUCGCGCGCGUGGCAGAUUGUGUCUUUAUGAAGAUUGUAGAUGAUGAUUCGUUGGCGAAUGAGUCCGCCGAGCGUGUUGCGUUUGCUUAUCGCCUUUGCGCGGAGGAUAUGGAGGAGGAUGAUCCUGAGGAUAGGCUUGCGCCUGGAUUGCAUACACGUAUGUGUCUUUUUGUUGAUGGGGAGUGUAUGCGAUCUGUUGUUGGGUCUGGGUCUGGGUCUGCGGACGGGCUUGCUUUUGUGAAGGCUGUUGAUGUCAUGCUUGGACUGGAUGGGAGUGGAGAUGAUGGGGAGGUUCCUUAUUCUGGGGUCUUGAGGGUUGCGGUGAGGUCUUUGAUUACGAAGUUUUAUCCUGCUUUGCUUGCCUGUGCCGAGACUGUGGAUUUGGUGCCCGCUGAUGAGGGGGUUUGGGAUGGGGUGCAAGUUGGGGCUUUUGAUGCAGAAAGAGAGGCUAGGAGAAUAGAUAGGUUGCUGAGUUGA